GAAAAAAAUUUUUUAAAUAUUUACCAUAGAUAAGUGAGGAUUACGUUCGAUCAUAUUGAUCAGGAAACAAUUUAUGGCAUUAUUUAAAUGCAGCAUGGCAGAAGUGGCAGCAAAUUUGAAAUCUGUCUGCGACAAGAUAUCGUACGCUGCCACGAAGAGAGCACCGGAGCAUCAAUAUUAUGAACCGCGGCUGGUAGCUGUUAGCAAAUUGCAGUCCACGGUAUCGAUAGUAUCCGCAUACGAGGCUGGUCAGAGGCAUUUCGGUGAAAAUUACGUGAACGAGUUAGUGGAGAAGGCCUACAACCCGUUGAUUCUUGAGAGGUGCAAAGAAAUUCGAUGGCACUUUAUAGGCAAUUUACAAAGGAAUAAGGUCAACAAAGUUUUAUGUAUACCAAAUUUGUAUGUCAUCGAGACUGUCAAUAGCGACAAACUUGCAAAUGCGCUCAACAAUUCCUGGCCGAAAUUUCGAAAGAGCGAUGACAGCAAGUUAAAUGUCAUGGUACAGGUUAACACGAGUCAGGAAGAGGAAAAAAAUGGUUGCGAUAUUGAGCAAGUGUCAACUCUUGUAAAGUACGUCAUAGAGAACUGUCCUAAUUUGAAAUUAAUGGGCAUCAUGACAAUAGGAAAAUUUGGAUACGAUAUCAAGAAUGGACCGAACCCUGAUUUUCUUUGUUUAAUAAAAUGUAGAGAAAAGAUACGCGACGAAUUGGGAAUUGAUAUGAAGGAUAUUGAAUUAUCAAUGGGAAUGUCCAAUGAUUAUGAACAUGCAAUUGAACUUGGCAGUACAAAUGUGAGAGUAGGAAGUGCAAUUUUUGGGGAAAGACCACAAAAGAAUAAUUGAAAAGCUGUAAUAUAACUGUAUUAAAUCAAUAAUUUUAUCUUGAAGAAAAAGGAUAUAUGUGGAGGAAUAUAGGGAUACAUUUGUUUAUCUUGAGAUAUGUAUGUAUAAUAAAUAUUUUUUCUGCAGCAGAUACAAGUAAUUUUCUCUAUUUUAAGAUUAAUUAUUGGAAUAUCUAUUAUUUCCUCUAUUUUAAGAUCUUUCCUCAAUUCUUGCUUUUAUUCUGUAUAAAAAAUAAAAAUAUCAUAUGUUUUGUCUUUAAGCUGAUUAGCAAAUGUGAGUGCUGAUCAGAAUAAAGACAAGAAGGAGCCGCAAUUUAGAGGAAAGCUAAUUUGAAAUAGAGAAAAUUAUUUAUAAGAGAUACAUAAUAAAUGUACACAUAUAUAUUAUAAAUAUAUGUACAAAAUGUUAAUAAAGAUCAUUAAGAUGUAUCAGAAUGAAAU